CGCAUGAACAGAACUCCGUCGGGUCGGGUACGGAAAUCAAAGCUCUCAGCUAUUGUCCUCUAUUGAUCGAUCCUCAUCCAACUCAGAUAUCCUCUGUGUUCUUCACUUCGUUAAUCUCCGUGCAAGACCACAGUACUUCCGACAACCCUUGUUGGACGUUGUCGUUUUGGGGCAACCCUAGGGUAACCACAGGCGCAGUCUGAUCGAACAAGCAAGUGCCGCAAGAAACGGUCAUGUCUUACGACGGAGGCUACCAGAGGAAGAAGUCUCUAUUGAUUGGAAUCAACUAUGUCGGUAGCCAACAUGCUCUGCAAGGCUGUCACCAGGAUGUGAGCAAUAUUCAAGAGUUUCUCGAUGCCAAUGGCUACUCAAGGAAUGCACGAGAUCAAGUCGUUCUUCGUGACGAUGAUCGGACUGAUCCUUCAGGACCGUUCUGGCCAAAUGGCCACAAUCUGCUGGCAGCGAUGAGUUGGCUUGUGUCUGAACCGGGAACGACGAAUUUCUUGCACUACAGCGGCCAUGGUGGUCAGGUAGCUGAUACGGGCGGUGUCCGGGUUUCUGGAUUUGACGACACUAUCGUUCCAUAUGACUUUGAGAGCAAUGGUCAGAUUCCCAGCGGAAUUCUUCAUCGCGCCCUCGUCACGGCUCUUCCACCCGAUAGCACCCUCUUCAUCAUAUUUGACUGCUGCCACAGCGGUUCUGCUGUCGAAUUGCCAUAUAUCUAUCGAAGUGAUGAGGACGGCAACAUCUCCGUCUUAGACAACGUCCAGGCCGGCAUGCAGCUUCUCGGCGAAGCCACACACCUGAUCCAGGGUGGGUUCAAUAUGAGCAAUAUCGGCGAAGCGCGUCAACUGUUCGCCGGUGCACAGUCAUUCUUCAAAAGUUUGACGCAUCAGCAGCCCGAUGCGGAUCAAUAUGGGCUGAGCCAGCAGGACUUCGCGGCUGAAUAUCAAUCCGAGCAGCCAAAGCAGGUGUGGAUGUAUUCUGGCUGCCGUGAUGAUCAGACCUCUGCAGAUGCCUCCAUUGCUGGCAGUCAUGUCGGCGCCAUGUCUUGGGCUUUCCUGGAGUGUAUGAAGACAUGGGGUCCGCGCCAAUCGUACAUCGCAGUUCUGCAGAAUACGCGACAGAUCCUCGCUGGACGUUACGCACAGAUCCCGCAACUCAGCGUCGGCUACCAGCAGGAUUUGAACUAUGAGAUCCGAGUAUAACGCUUCAGUCUGAACGAGGCGAGCGUUCCGUGGGUUGCGCUAUAGAAUGUUGGAUAAGACUGUUGUAAAGAUACAGAUUAGAAGUACAAUUGGUAUCACGCUCGCAAAGACUCUAUCUCGUCAA